GGAAAAAAUAAAAACUUUGGCCUUAGAGGACACUUGCAAUUAUUUGUUUCAUGCAUAACUUUUGCCAUUAUAUGCUAUCAAUCCUUUAACUUAGAUAUAUUUACAACAAAAUUUCGGGUAUUUGCUUUAAAAAAUAAGGCAAAGUAUUAAAAUGAUAGAACGAAAAGAAAAAUACCUAGGAGGAAUUUAUUCACCGAGUAGAAAAAUAAUGUUCCGAUGCAGGAUGUUUUUCGCACAGCGGAUAUCGCUUAUCGUAUAAUGUAUAUGGUGGAACGAGGAUUUAGAUAGUUUUGGUGUGGAGAUCCCUUGUCAGUCCCCAAUAAGUCGAAAAGAACAGCAGUUCACAUGUAAUUUGCCUUUUCUUUGACUGCUAAAUAUCGCUGAGGAAAUUCUUAAAUCAGCUGAUUGCUAUUCGCCUUGGGCGAUAUCCUGCGCGUUGGCGUGUGGCGCACGCGGCGUCGAGAGAGAAAAACAAUAAUUUUUAUUUUGAUUUGGCGGGGCUGCGAUUUCGCACUAUUGUCGGUCGGUGAGCCGCAACAAUGCCUGGCCGCCAGUCGGAUCCAGCCCUGGUCCACCAGGUCUGGGAUGCCAUCGAGAACUGCAUGACACAGCGCCAGCAGCCCAACUUCGAGAGGGUCUCCAAAUACGUCAUGCGGAACAACGCCAUCUCGCCAGAGGACUUUGAACAGGAGCUGAACAAGGUGGUGGCGGACGGGCUGGUGCGCUUCUUGCAGCGGCUCGGCGCCAAGGGGUCCAAGAAGGGAGAGGAGCAGGAGCUCUAUAAACUGCCCAAAGGACCGCCGCCGGCUUCCGACCACGACUGGUACUGCGGCACGUGCCACCAGCCGGGUGAGGUACUGCCUUGCACAACAUGCACCAGCGUCCACCACAGCAAGUGUCUGACCGAGUCGCAGCGUCAGGAGCCGUUCAAAUGUCCGCAGUGCCAGAAUUCCGCCGCCGAGAAAUGUGAUAUCAAGAAGAAGACGCUCAACACCCUGCUGGGCUACACCGUGCUCCGUCUGAAGGCCAGGAUGCUGCCGCUGACGGUGGCCGGCGCCGGGGUCCUGUCUCCCAGCUCCGACCCGGAGCAGAAGUUCCGCACAGAGUUCCUGCUGUACCGCCCGUUGGAGAUCUACGACAUCGAGGACAAACUGGACAGACAGGUGUACAGCAAGAUCUCAGACUUUGAGAACGAUGUGCGGUUGAUGGUGCACAACAUUGUCGUCAUGAAUGGAGCCGAGUCGCAGGCGGCGUCAGUGGCCAGCCAGGUACUGCAGGACUGCCUGUACGACAUUCAGGAGAUCCGCAUCUGCCGCGACUGUUACCGCAUGUCCAACGAGAAGCCCGGAAAGAACUGGUUCUGCCGACCCUGCCGACCGCCGCACCAGCUCGUCUACGCCAAACAGAAGGGCUAUCCCUUCUGGCCGGCUAAGGUGAUGAAGAUCGAGAACGAGAUGUACGACGUGCGGUUCUUCGGUGAGCCCCACGAGCGGGCCAUAGUGUCCCGCAGCCAGAUCCGGCCCAUCACCACCUCCCUGCAGGCCAUGCAGAUAAAGCGCACCAACCCGUGGCUGCGCUCUCAGGACGAGCUGAAGCGGCACCAGGCGGCGCUGCAGAAGGCCGAGAAGAGCGGCGACGCUCCCGGCUCCGACUCCGGCUCCGACUCCGAGCCGGAGAAGGAGCCGGAGCCGGACCCGGAGGCGGCCGGACCGCCGCCGGCCAAGCGGCGCCGGCGCGCCUUCGACACUGACGAGGACGGCACUGUGGAGGUCAAGGACUGCUCGAUUGUGGUGCAGAAGGUGGAGAACGACAGUGAGCCGGCGCCGCCCGCUCCAGACGAUCAGGUGACCUCGUCCAGCCAGGAGCCCCGUGCGCGCACAGUCACCACUCAGACGCCGGUCAAGUUUCUGCGCGCCGCCAUGUUGGAACAGUCUCAGGCUAACGGUGGCGGCGCGUCUGCCCAGACGGGCUGCGAGGACCGGCUCCGUCAACUGGAGCGGGAGAUGGAGAAGGCUCGACUGGCACACAAACAGGAGCUGGCCGCCCUGGAGGCGCAGCACCGCGCCCAGCUGACCGCCUCCAAACGCAAACAGUGGUGCUACAACUGCGAACAGGAGGCCAUCUACCACUGCUGCUGGAACACUGCCUACUGCAGCACCGACUGUCAACAGCUGCACUGGCACAAGGAGCACAAGCGGGUCUGCCGGCGGAAGAGAACCAUGUGAGGUGUUCAGCGGCCCGCCCCGGCCCCGGCAGCCGCCCCGCCGUCCCGCCGGGCGGCGCCUCACGGCCGCCAGAGCUUAGCGCGUCCAUCGCGGGACUGAGCGAGUGAGUUAGGAAGGAGCGAGUGAGAUUGUGCGCCUCGGAAGACCCGGCCUCUGCCGCUGUCUGAGAGAGAGGGCUGAUUCAGUGACGGCUGCCUGAGCUGACGUGGGCUGGUCAGGGGCUGGUCUUUCUUCACGCGCCGGAAGGGGUACGUCCCCGGAGCCGGCAGCGAUGGUGCCCUGGUAGAGCCGCCGGGCGUCUUAGCGGCCAGCUCAAACUGCCGUUACCGCCCGAUCUCUGCGCCACUGCAGCUUACCGGUCGCCGGGACGGCUCGCAGCGAAUAGUGAGAUUGUGAGUGGCAGAGCUGGAGUUGAGCAGCGAGCGAGAGUGACAGGGUUGAGAGGAGAGGAGAGAGGAGACUUUCAGCUGCAUUUUCUGGGGCAUCCAGUUGGACAGAGUGACUUGGUGAGGCCGUGAGAUGGACCCAGGUGCGCGGGUGUUGACCGGCCGUAGUGGCCGGUACGCUCCAGCAGCCGACCCGGGCCAUGGGCUCCGGUCAGUGGACGGUGUGUCUGUGUUUGUGUGUCGGCGCGUAUCCGUGUGUCGAGUGGAAGGACAUCGCUCCGCGCAUCGUGUACCAUAAUCAAGCUGUGUGUGAAACGGGACGGCAGGCGUGCCAUUUGUAGCAUGAUUAUCAUUAUAUAGGCCAUUGUUUGUGUUAUGCACCGUAUCGACUUUGCGUGCACUGUAUUCGUACACCGAUCACCGAUUCGCCGGCGCCGUCUGCCGGCCGGGCGGCGCUCUGCCCUCCCCCGAUCAGAGCCCCGGACCCUGAUGGAAGGACCGGCUCCUUUCCACACUGCUGACGCGGGAGCGCCCGUCGGCUGUUGUUCACUGAUUCUCCGACUGCAUUAGGUCCUGGCGAAGUGUAAUUAUUCCUUGUGCGCCGCUAUCCACCCCUCCCUGCCGACUGGCGUGCUGUGUGUCUCGGUAUCACGUUCAGUAGGGUGAGCUGUGUUUGCCGCGGGCUGUGUAACGCUGUGUGGCCGCCCCGCCGCCAGAUCUUGCCCCCCGAUGUGCCGUAUGUCAGUGUGGGUGUGUGCUCUCUCCUGUAAUACACGUGCACGUCCAAA